AUGUCUAAAAGCAAUAAAAAGAAGAAAAUUUUUAGUACUGAAGAUGACGAAACAUCUGCCACUUUACUUAAGUCCUCAAUACAAUCUGAAGACACCACAUACCUAUCAGAAUAUUUAAUGCAGAAGAAUGCACAUAGACAACUCAAAUAUCUGGAAGCUAAAGAUUUAGAGAAAUUAAGUCUUUUAUUGGUUGAUUUUUUAACUACCCCAUUAAGACUUUUAGCCCUUGAUGUUUUGAAAAAAAUAGCCAAUAAUAAAGUGUUACAAGCUUUAAAACACAGAGCUAUUGAUUUUGAAAAGUUAGUGUACCUUAAAGGAAAAAUUGAUUUUAUAAAAAUGAAAAAUUUAAAAAACGUAAGACACGAACCAGAGACUACAAUUAAUUAA